GAUACCGCUGGGCAGUCUUUAUCAAACGGUCGACGGAUUCGCAUGGAAGCGAACUGCGCGUUGAUAGCAUCGGAAGACGGCGCGAAAAAAAAAAGUGUGCGACAAGUGUUGUGAUAUAUUUUAAGUCAAAGAUCGCAAAAUGCUAUCAGACCAAAGUUGUGUAUGAGUGAUAAAUGGGAUACGUGUUAUCAAUGCAAUUAAAGUUUAUACUUGUUUCUGAAGAACUAGUCAUAUCGCUCCAGACGGGAUGAAAGUUACACGGAUGUUCAGACAAAUCAAACACUCUGCUUAUCGCAAGAUACGACAGGCCACGAUCGGCGAAUGUAUUCUCAAGCUUCUGUUCGUGUUCUCCUGCAUGAUCAUCACUGUGGUGCUCAUCAUUCACAAGUAUCAGAGUUUGUCCAACUUCAAGAAGGCUCUCUACUAUCGUUACGUCAGCGAAGACUCAUUCUUCAACGGUCGUCCGAGGAACGUGGAUCGAGUGCGGGUCGACUGGCAUGACUAUGCAUAUAUGGAGUACGAAGCCGAACGGGAAGGCCCCGGCGAACAUGGGAAGCCUCUCAAGCUAGAAAAACUGGAAGACAUCAAGCUGAAUGAGAAGCUGUUCAAAGAAAAUGGCUAUUCGGCGGUGAUUAGCGAUAUGAUUGUAUUGAAUCGCUCUGUGCCAGACAUCAGACAUAUACAGUGUCGCAAAAAACGCUAUCUGCAGGAAUUGCCAACGGUCAGCGUGAUUGUUAUUUUCUACAACGAACAUUGGAGCACGUUGCUGCGUACUGUUUACAGCGUGCUGAACCGUUCGCCGUCACAUCUAUUGAAAGAAAUUGUUUUGGUCAACGAUCACAGCACCAAGGAGUUUUUGUGGGAGCCCUUGCAAGACUUCGUACGAACUGAACUGGCACCAAAGGUGAAGCUGAUCAGUUUACCGGUGCGAUCGGGAUUGAUUACGGCUCGAUUGACCGGUGCCAAGGCCGCCACCGGAGAUGUUCUGAUCGUGCUCGACUCACACACAGAGGUCAACGUGAACUGGCUACCGCCGCUAAUAGAACCAAUCGCCGAAGACUACCGGACGUGUGUUUGCCCGUUCAUCGAUGUAAUCGCUCACGACACAUUCCAGUACCGUGCCCAAGAUGAGGGCAAACGUGGUGCAUUCGAUUGGAAGUUCCUGUACAAGCGGUUACCGCUGCGAGCGCAAGACAUGGUGGAUCCAACGGAACCCUUCGAAAGCCCCAUCAUGGCCGGGGGUCUAUUUGCCAUAAGUGCCAAGUUCUUCUGGGAGCUCGGUGGAUACGACGAAGGGCUGGACAUUUGGGGUGGUGAGCAGUACGAGUUGAGCUUCAAGGUUUGGCAGUGCGGAGGUAGAAUGGUGGAUGCCCCUUGUUCACGUGUCGGUCAUGUGUAUCGGGGGUAUGCACCGUUUCCGAAUCCAAGAGGAACCAAUUUCGUCACCAGGAACUUCAAAAGAGUUGCUGAAGUGUGGAUGGAUGAGUACAAACAGUUUUUGUACGAACGAAAUCCUCAGUUUGAUCAAACUGAUGCGGGAGAUCUAACGAAACAGAAGGCUUUACGUGAGAGGUUACAGUGCAAACCUUUCAAGUGGUUUCUGGAGGAGGUUGCUCCCGACCUGGUGGUGCGAUAUCCCUUGCGGGAUCCAAAGCCUUUUGCAUCGGGAAGAGUUCAGAGCGCAGCCAAUCCGAAGUUAUGUCUGGACUCUAUGAACCACAAAGCAAAGGAACCGAUUGGAGUGUUCAGCUGUGCAGCGAACAGAACCUAUCCUCAGAAUAAUCAAUUUUUCACAUUGACCUACUACCGAGAUAUUCGAGUCUCCAGCGUAGACAAGUGUCUGGAUGCGUCAAGUGAUGGUUCUGAGGUAAUUCUGUUCAACUGUCACGAAUCACAGGGCAAUCAGCUGUGGCAGUACGACACAGAAACCCAGAUGAUUCGGCACGGUAAGCCAACUAGGAAUCAGUGCCUUGAUCUCGUUGAACGAAAGGUGGUAGUUUCUAAGUGUGACCACAGGAAGAAAACCCAACGGUGGGAGUGGGGUUUUGUGGAUGAAGAAAAUCUGAAUAACUGGGAAAGCUACGGGGCAAAACUACUACCUUAAGGGUUUUGAAUAUAGAAAGUAGAGUAAACGCUCUAUUUUCAAUACAAGAUUUCUGUUCAUAGACUGGUACUUUUAAAUAAAUUAUACAAUGAACAUAUUUUUGUGCCUUAUAAUGUGUUAUCAAUAAAUUGGUGAAUAAUAAAUCCUGUUUACUAUA